UGGUCCUGCUAACCUGUGAACUGUUUCACGGUUUGUUCCUCAAACGUACCAGACUUUCAUUAUUUAACACACGACUUUGGGAAGUUACUUUUGUAACUUAACUGCGCAUUGCAGCCUCUCGCUGCUAGUUUACAAAGAAAAUACUUCGAGUUGGAAGGGAAAAAGCGGUGUCUCAGAGUUUUCAAUACAUUACAAAUGAGCUUCGCUUGAAUUCAAGACAAGCCACACUUGGCUGUCAACCUGCUCAUUUCAAGCACCAUGGCAGGUUAUUACAAGCUGGAAGAUGAAGUCCUUCCCAGUUUCCUCUGUGAGUCUAUGGACAGCUCCAGUGGCCGUGCUUCACUAGGGAAUGUGACACUGGGCUCAGGCCCGGGAUUGCCAGUGGCUGCCUCCACAGUGGCCAAAAUCAGACCCAGUUCUGACAACAGAGAAGAUCAUUGGAAGUCAUAUCUGGAUGACAAUACGUUGAAGCAGGCCAGCUCACAGCCAUCAGUUGGAGAACAGCCCAAGUUUGCCCUCAGCUUUAAGGAUGAAUUGGACAAAGCGGAUGACUUCAUUGCAGCCCACCGUCUUUCAGACAUGCUGGUGAAGAUUAAUCUAGAUGACAGCGCAUCUCAAAACCAGGGCUCCAUUAUUCACCAGCUUCCUACACAGAUUGGUUCAGUCCAUGGCUGGCCCACAGAACUUGGAACAGAUCUGUCAACAGGGCUUCUGGCCCUUCCCCAGUAUGGACAUAAAGACAAAACGGAUGCAAAGGCCUCACCAGCCAUAGUGGGGGAGGACAAUGUGCAGAGUGAAGGAGUGGACAGUGACCAUUUCAGUGGCAGCAAUUCAAGCUUCCUGGCAAACGAGAAGCUCAUGUCUGUGGACAGUAUGAACAGUGAUAUCACGGAUGAUGACACUGACUUCAACAAUUUGCCUGAUGACGAACUGGAGCUGUACUUCAAUAAGCUGGUUCCUCCUGCCAUGCAGAGAGGCAGAGUGGAGGGCCAGGAGCUUGUCUCAACAGUGGACUUCAUGAUGCCUGACGUGCGUCUGGCUGCUACAGGUAUGGACUCCUGUCCUGCCAGUGAUGAGGACACUGAGGAUGAGCUGGAAUCUGCCAGAAGGAACAAUGAUGCAUCCAGAACACGGCUGCUGUCAAGCACCUCCAGACAACUGGUUGGAGAGAGUAAUCGUCCCAGUUUCAGGCCGGGUUUAGAGGGAGGCAGUUCUGAUGAUGAGUAUUUAAGUGGCCGCAGUGGUCCAUCUGUGUCAGGGAUCGAACACAGACGAUCUGCUGAGGGACAGGUCAUCAACCCUCCUGUUACAGGAGAUGGAGGCGGUGGGGAUGGGAGCAGUGGGAGUGAGGAAAGUGGAAAUUAUAGGGGUGUGUCAACCAUCCCUCCUCCAACAACUAUUCAGACCACUUAUGAUGCCCUGCGUGGGCUAGGAAUUGUGGGCAGCAGUGCUGUUGGUGAAGAUGAAGACGAGGAUCUCAAUAAUCUGGUUGGACAUGGAAGGAACCGUCUUUCCAGACAUACUGAGAUUGGUCACCGGGUGGGUCCUGUAGGAAUAGGGGAGGCCAGCUCCUCUCUGGCAAUGUCCCUGGGAACUCAAAAGCUCUCUCCUGUGAACUGGAGUAUUGUGCUGGAUCGACAGGAGGCACUGGAUGCAAUGGAAAGCAUGGAAACUGGGCCCACAGUUGACCGAUUGCUGGAUUCAGUCUACCUGAGAACUAGAGCUGGACUCCGAAGACCCCAAGAUGUCGUAAACAUGAAUGUCUCCCAUCUUCAAGGCACCCAGGGGAGUUUCCACCUCUGCCAGGUAUUACUCCCAGAAUUUGGUGACAAGGAUGGAGAUGAUUAUGAUCACAGUGGAGUAGAUGAACCUGAUGGUGCCAGACCCUCUUCAGGCUUGAGGGGAGGGCCUUGUGGGGAUGUUACUACUGCAGAGGCAUCAGGUGGUACCAGUGAGGAUGACACAAAUCCUCUCUCCACCUCCCUGGAACCCAAGUAUUUCUCCCAGAGCUUCUACCAGGAACAGGAAGAUUCAGACGAGUGGAACCACUGUCCAGACAACCUGGAGCUUGAGUUUCAACAAGGUGCCAGCACCACUCAUAAUGUUGUGUACCAGAAUGAAGAAGGGCAGUGGGUGACAGACCUGGCUUAUUACUCCUCCUUUGAGAAAGAGGUUGAUGGGAAGACCUCUGAGAAUGCUGGCCAGUUUCAUACUGAGGACUUUGUUGAUCCCAGUAGUGCUUUGGAAAAGUUAGAUAAAGAUCAAGAGGAGUUUGAAAAAGAGCACCAGUUCAUUCAGGAAGAGAAGAUUGAACUGGUCAACAGCAACACCUUUCAGAGUGACUCAUUUUGGAAGAUCCCCAGCAAUAGCCUGAUGAGGGCUUCCCAGGUCACUUCUGAAUUUAAGCAGGGAGACCAGAGCUACCUGCGACUCUCUUUAGGAGAGUUUUUUGGACAACGCUCUGAAGCCCUGGGCUGUUUGGACAGCAUGAGUGAUGUGGAUGGAGUUAAACGGCCAUCCUUUGGCUACAUUAUUACCUCUCCAGAGAAAAGGGAACCAUUUCCCCUCAUUAACUCCCAAAGAGUCGUAACAUCGCCUCACAUUGACACCAUGGAGCUCAGUGAAGCAGACAAAACACUCAACCCAGAGGACCUAGAGAAAACUCUUGAGGCUCCAGGUGUAAGGACGUCACCAAAAGGUGAUAUUGAUCGAGAAUCCAGUGAACAGGAGGUAUAUGACCAUUUUGUUAGUGCUGCAUUACCUGACCACAGUGAGGGCUCUCCAGAGUCAAUCUGGGGUAGUCAAACCUGUGCCACCCUGGACAACAACAGCAGUCACUUGAUGCUGAGUAUCAGCACCAUUGCUUCAGCCAUUGCAGAUGCAUCCAUCAGCACUGACCCAUCACAGCUGGCUGCCAUGAUCAUGGCGCUCUCCAAGAAGAGUAAGAUGAGGAAUCAACCCAUCGCUUCAGUACCUGUUCACAGCACAGAGGAUCCACACUCAGCUGAAAAUAUCCUCUCUGAACCAGAUGAGAGUGCCAUGUUGGACACACUGCAGACAAGAACCCAUGUUGGAGAACCAAGUGCCUUUGACCUGGAGAGGUACCUGAAAACGACUGAUGUCCCUUGCCACGGUGAUGCCUCUUUCGCACACACUACCUUUGACCUGACCAGAUGGGCGCACAACCUCAGUAGGAACCCUCAGACAGGAUACCAAGCGGACCAGAACAACUCAUUUCAUCAAGUGGACAGUGAGACUCAAAAGAAGGCAUCUGCAGUCUCACUUUCAAAUUCAUUAUCGCCAGGUAAUGGUUUAUCAAAAAGAAGCCCUCUUCCUUGUCCCGAAAAAUCUUUCAGCUCAGCCAGGAGGUCUGUGGGAUCAGGACAAUCUUCAAUGCUGAAGAUUCCUGCAACCAAAACGGCAGCUUGUGAUAAAACCAUUUCUUCUGGAACCAAGACUUGUGGAUCCACAGGCAGCACUUCCACAGAAAAUGGAGUUAAGCCAGGAGAACAAAAGCCACCAGCAACCAACAAUACUGGGUAUUCUUUAGAUGCAACACAAAAGAGUGAUAAAAUCUCUUCUUCCUCAACUGGCUUGCCUAGAACCUCCCCAGGAUGGAGGAAAGGGCAGUCAGGUCUGCCCUACCUUAAAGGUUACUCUCCCCCAUCUCAGAGGAUGAGGACUGCAGGCCAGCAGCAUCAGGACAGACUGAGUACUUCUCCGCAGAAGAAACCACUAUCCAGGAAUAUUGUGGGAACUCCACUACCUUGUAGCUCUGAGGAAAAACAGGCUGGCUCCCCUUCCCAAAACAUCUGGCCCUCAGUAGAACCUGCAUCAGAACUCCCGAAGGGUUUUUCAGAGCCCUGUGUGGAGGAGACGCAGUGUAACUUCAGACCAUCCACUUCUCCACUCACCCACUCAUCUCCAAGUCAGACCUCCAUUCCCAGUGCUAAUGGUAUAGUGUCACCUUCAUCCUCCAGUGAAUAUAUGACGGACAAACGUCCUGGUCUUGACCUCUCUCCUCAGUCUACCUGCUCGAGCCCUAGUCUCAGCAGGCUCACAUACAUCUCCAUGAAUGAUGGUACUGUCAUACCAACUCCUGAGAGACAAAAGAACAAUUGCACCAUGGCACUGAGCACCACCAUCAUUAGAUUCAGUCCAACUCCACCUGUAGGACCCGAUGAACAGUCUAACCUUGAUAUUCCUUGCUCACCUAAAAGCAUAGAUCAGCUGCAACCACAGCAUUCUAAAAGUCUGGACCCUCUACCAGCACCGCAAUGUAAAACCCAAGAGCCCUCACGUAGUGGUUCUGCCCUGAGCUGUACUCGCAGUCAGAGUGAAUGUAACUACCACUGUGCCAGGGACAGGACCAGUGACCUUGUAGCAGGUUGUAGGACCCACAGGCACCUCUCUGAAUCCAAUGUAAGGCAGCUCACCAAAGUGGACUCAGGUUAUUGUAGCAAUCUGAACAUUCAGCAAACUAGAAGCAUCCCAGCUCCUCAGAGCUCCCAGCAAUGGGGAGCUGCUAGCUCAGCGUUGUCAUCUGUCAUCUAUGCUGGUGGCCUUGGCGUUCCUCUGUCCUACUCAUCAGAGGGAUUUCACUUUGUGCCCAUCCCCAGCUUUAAGCCCCAGUGCACUGGUUUUAUUGACAUUCCCCACCAAGGUGAUGUGCAGUCCCUCCUAACUGGAUGCUCUCUCUAUAACUCCCAGCUGGCUCAUCAUUAUUUGGGAUCUGAAGCUCCAUUACAUCCUAGUCCUUAUCCUGUGGGACCAACAGGAAGCGGUAUCUACAGUGUGUCCUCUACCGGCACAUCCAAUAAUGAUCCAACAUCAGGGCCUCUGGGAAUUUCUGCUGCUGCUGGCUCUCUUCGCCUCCCUAGACCCCAUCAGAAUCAACAGGACAUAGGUAUAAUAGCGACACCUUACGGUCACCAUGAUGCAGAGCCACUUGGGACGGGUGGACUUGAAGAACCGAGAGGCCAAGUGGUGGUACCAGGAGAAGUGCGGUUUCCUAAUGCCUGCUGUGUAGGCAUUGCCUCACAGACCUCCCUCAGCCUCUUCAACCCCUCGGAGAGAUGGCAGCAAGUUUCAAUCAAGGUCACCAACCUUGCUAUUGAUGGAGAGAAGGUGGAGAGCUUGCCUUAUCAGUGGCUCAUAGUCAAGAACAAGACUAUCAUUGGGCCAAAGAGCACAGAAGAGCAGAAAAUGUUGUUCAUAGCUCCACAGGCUGGUGUUUACGAGUGUGUCCUCAAUGUUUGCUCCUGGCCUGCUUCUGCUGAGAUAGAGGUGGCUGCCAGGGCUAAUAUCUUUGCUAAAAGGGUGGUGUUAAUUGCCAUAGCGGAGAAUCCUGCAGUAGAGGUUGAAGAAAGUAAAUUUUGCUAUUUGGAUUUUGGAGACCUUCCGGGAGGCAGUGCCAAAUCUCUUCCUCUGAAACUUGUCAACAAGACUCAUGCCACAGUUCCCAUUCGUCUUGUAAUCAGUGCAAACGCUACAGCAAGCCGAUGCUUUACCUUUUCCAAGCAGCCAGUUAUCAUGACACCCGAAGAAACACAACAGGCUGGACACAUCACCCCAGUGUCCUCUCCCUCUGUGAUUAAUCAUGUGAUGCCUGCCAACUACGGAGAGAAUACAGUAGGCUUCAUGGUCUGGGUACAUUUCAAUGCCCCUCAGAAGUACACAUUUUCAGGAGAGCUUGGUCCGCCUGUUGAGUACCUUGCUCGGGUGGACAUUGAAUUGGACUCUCCUGGUCCAAGUCAUAUUAUCAGGAGUAUUCCCCUCAGUGCCAGGUCUGGAACUGCAAGAGUCCAUGCUCCUAAAGACCUACAGAAUCUUCGCCUGUCUGCUCCGCUGGGAAAAUCUAGUAAACAGAUGCUGCCAUUAAAGAAUGCUGGAAAUAUUGAUGUGCAGCUGAAACUCGAGAGUAGUGAUGCUGAGUGCAGUUUCUCCGUGACACCUGAUGAACUCUUCCUGAGAGUAGGAGAUGAGCAGGAGGUCACAGUUUCCUUCAAGGCACAGAAAAACAGGAAAACCAGAGAAAGCCUCCUCACCAUAUUGGUGUUGCCAUCAGGCCCUCAGUAUGAGGUAACCCUGAAAGGAGAAGUUAUACCAGAGGACUCUGGAAAACCUGCUGUUCACUCUUCUGCUGCCUUUGGCUCUGGUCUGGCCAAAGACAUUCCACCAAUUCUCUCUAAUAAGCAGUUCAUAGCUUGGGGAGGCGUCACUCUGGGACGAGCUGUCCAACAGAAGCUGGUUCUAAGGAACAACUCUACCAACGUCACACAGCAGCUACGGUUGCUCAUUCGUGGUCAAGAUCAGGACUGUUUUCAGCUCCAGAGUAUGUUCAGUCCAGAAGAGCGUCUAACCCGACAUGGGGAGCUGUCCAUCCGUCCCAGAGAGGACGUGGCUGUCCACCUGCUGUUUGCUCCCACCAGGGUGGCCUCAAUGUUGUCCAAGCUAGAGAUCAAACAGUCUGGAGUCCGGCCUUCACAGCCAGGGGUCAAAUUUACAAUUCCACUGUCGGGCUAUGGCGGGACCAACAACAUCAUCCUGGAGGACCAGAGGAAACAGGCCGACAGCUAUGUGGCGACGCUAACAAACAUUGACGUUGGUCGCGUCAGCAAAGUUUGUUUGUGUGUGAGGAACACAGGCUCCAGAGCAGCCUUCAUCAAAGCAGUGGCCUUUACAGAUAUGCAGACGCGAUCAGUUUUGGAGCCCUCUGUCAUCAGCCUUGCUCCAUCACAGUUUGUGCUUAAGGAAAGGACACAAGAGGUGAUAACUGUGCUCAUGAAGUCAACCCAAAGAGAACAGAGCCUGUGUCAGUCAGUCACUGCCCUGCUGGCUACUGUCUGUUUGUUCUGUGGAGAUGAGGUCUCCAGGCAGCAAUACAGGAGAUUUCUUCAGAGCAAACCAGAAGCUGCACAGAAAGCUCUGUCCGAGAACAGUCUGCUGAAAAACAUCAACUUCAAUGAAAAGUUCCUGGGGGAAGAAAAUGUCACAGAGACCUGUGACCUGCCCCAGCGGCCAAAUGAGGCUCACAUCUUCUAUGGCAACAUGAGUAAGGUGGUGGUGUCGUUGCUGGGAAGUAGAAAGAACACUGCGUGUGAGGACAGAGACCAUACUGAGCUGCAGCUGCCCCCUGCUAGGCGAGAUUCACAGACAGACUGUGGUUUGGUAAAUGGGGGUGUGUCUUUAGAUGUGCUGCCAGUCAAAGGUCCCCAGGGUCCAGGACUGAGAGUGAAAGAAACCUCCUUAAAGGCUUCCAAUCUAUUACUCAGGAAGUCUGAUUCCUGGACCAUCCAUCCAGAACAGCUUGUCCUAACAACUCCUGCCAUUCAUGGAGCGGCCACCACCAGUCAGAUUCAGAUCCGUAACAACACUUCCAGAGAGCUAAGCUUUGAUUUGUCCUGGCCUGCUCACUGCCUCACCAUCACACCUCAACAUGGAGUGAUCGAGCCUCAGUGCCAUCUGCAGAUUUGGAUCAGCCCUAACCCCUCACUAACAACUAAAUCUGCCCUGCUACCAUGGAGUGGACAGGUUUAUGUCCAGUGUGAUGGUCGACAGAAGUUUAUUAAGGUCCAGAUUCGUCAGGACCUGGCUCUGGAUGUGUCCGCAGCCCCAUCAGAUAGGACACUGUCAGCGCUGCCCCCUCAUGCUGCCACCCCUAUUCUUCCUGUGGCCAGACUCACCACUGAGCCCUCACUGGCCCUGGAGACCCCACAAGCUCAGGUGGAGAUCAGCAACAAGAGUAUCAUCUUUCCCACCACUCCCACUGGGGAAACAUCAGAGGCCAAGCUGGAGGUGCAGAAUGGGCAAGUAGAAGUGAGGUGGUACCUGUCAUCAUUUGCCCCACCAUAUGUCAAGGGUGUUGACAACACUGGUGAUGUCUACCGGGCUACCUACACUGCUUUCACAUGCUCCAGGGUCUCAGGAAUUCUGGGAGCCAAUGAGAAAAUGCAGGUGCCUAUGACUUUCCUGCCCAGGGACCGAGGAGAUUAUGCACAGUUCUGGGACUUGGAGUGCCACCCGGUGUCCGAGCCCCAGCCAAAAACCAGAACCCGCUUCCAGCUCUGUGGCACUGGUGUAAAAGCUGGAUCUGUGGAAGAACCACAGGAAGAAGACAGCACUGUGGUGAAAAAAGAGCCCACAGUCGAGACCAGAGAGGGAGAUGAUGCCUCAGCAGGCAAAAACAGGCAGGAGGAGACUGUGUGGAGGGGUGUGUAUUGUCCACAGGAUCUGUACACCUUCCCUGCCACACGGAUGGGUGAGACAAACACUUUGAAGGUCAGCAUCCGCAACAACUCAUCCAGCACGCAUGAGCUGAAAUUUGUAAACACUAAGGAGCCAUUCUACAUCAAGCAUUCCAAAUAUUCUCUGAGAUCACAGCACUAUUUGAAGCUACCCAUCCAGUUCAGGCCGAGCACUGCAGGCAGACACGCCAGCUUGUUGCUCAUCAAGUCAGAAACAAGUGAAAGUCUUGUAAUUCAGCUUAUCGGUGAAGCAAUGCCUUGACCACACCAUCUACCAUCCUAAGCCACCCCCACAUGCUGACUGGUCGGUUUUGGGUGGAUGCUCAUCUCUGUACUGUUCAUCAUGGCACAGAGGAGAGAAACGGGUGAAGAAAAAACUGCACAAAAUCCAAAAAUAAGGAAGCCUGAACUUAAAACUUUCCCUGUCUUCCUAUUUAAAGAUGUGGACUGUUUACCUUGAAAUGACUUUGAAUCUGCUACCAACAUCUGCCUCUUGAUAAGGCUCGGGUGUCAUCAGGUGGCCCAUGGAAAAUGAUUUGUCCUGAAGCAGAACAUUUGGGCUAACUGGCUUAUAAUAAGUCUGCGACACUCAGAAUUUGAAUGAUUCCUGUCACGUGAUUCACAAACUUAUAUUUGCUUAACCCCUUAGUUGCGUCACAUGGGAGCAUUGUUGCCACCACGGCCUGUCAAACAGAACCAGUACCAGUUGGGAUAUAUAGGGGAUUUUUUGGAGUUGGUCACUCAGGAAUGUCUUUAUCUCUUAUUUGGUAACAAGAUUACAGAUUUUUGAGAGAAGUCCUUUAAUGUUGCAAUUAAUUUACUUAGAUAUCAAUAAAAAGUAGCAUAUAGGAUUAACCUAAUUUAUUGUAGUAACUCCAAUGUGCCCCUUGGGAUUUAAGGAGUAUGUUUUCUUUGAAUCACAUAAAUUGUUGGUCUGUUCACAUUUCUUAAGAUCUUUUUCCUCUGUGCUUGUGGGGUUUCUGUGUAUGAGACUCCUUGUCACACAGAGCCCACCUGGAUAUGUGUCGACUUCCAAAAAACCUCAAAGAAAAAAAGUUCAAAUAUACUUGAUUUAGUCAUCAUCAUUUAUUGUUAUUUUCUGCUUAAAUUUGAGGUUUUCUGUACAGCAGCUUGCCAUGCCUGCUUAGUGUGGUUACCCUGGUGUUAAUUGCAGUUCAAGUCACAGGAAAUUAGCUCCCAGUUAACUCUUUUGGCACUGGGGCAAAUCGCCAAAAUUGCGUUUGAGUAUUGGAUCACAUCCAUAAUGAUUUUUUAUAUCUGGAUGGGGAAAUAUUUGAAACUUCAACCAAGAUGUGGCAUUUUUCUGUUAGAACAAGUAGACAACAUUUAGGCAAUGUAAAACAAUGUUUUUUUAUACUUGUGCAGGAAAUGUUUAUAGGAAGGCAGUAUAUUGUCUCAGGUUGCGCUCAACAUGCUCUGACAGCUAUCCUAUCAUACAUUUAUUUACAAUUUCCACAUGCUAUAAAUAGUAUAUCAUGUAAUAUAUUGCUAUGUGUACACAUUUUAAAUAAAACCUGUGAUUAAUA